AAGAAGAGCCCCUGCUUGACACCUGCCUAUAUACAGGGGACGAGAGCAACAUCUUCAGCGCCGGGCUUUCGAGGCGGGGGGGGGGGGGGGGGGAAAACCCAAAGCACAACACAACAUCAGGUCAGAGCGGGGGGCUCGGCUGUACUAUAACACCCCCCCCCCCCCCCCCAAGACUAUGACUUCCAGUAAAAUUGAGAUGCCAGGGGAGGUGAAGGCAGAUCCUGCAGCUCUGAUGGCAUCUCUGCAUCUGCUGCCUUCUCCCACUCUCAACCUUGAAAUCAAAUACACCAAGAUUUUUAUCAAUAAUGAGUGGCAAAAUUCUGAAAGUGGGAGAAUAUUCCCAGUAUAUAAUCCAGCAACAGGAGAGCAGAUCUGCGAGAUCCAGGAAGCUGACAAGGUUGAUACAGACAAAGCAGUGAGAGCUGCUCGCCUUGCUUUUUCUCUAGGUUCAGUUUGGAGGAGAAUGGAUGCAUCAGAAAGAGGCCAUCUUUUAGAUAAGCUAGCAGACUUGGUCGAAAGAGACAGGGCAACUCUUGCUACUAUGGAAUCACUCAACAGUGGCAAACCUUUCUUGCAAGCUUUCUAUGUAGAUCUUCAAGGAGUCAUAAAAACCCUGAGGUAUUAUGCUGGUUGGGCAGACAAAAUCCAUGGAAUGACCAUUCCUGUAGAUGGAGAUUAUUUUACGUUUACAAGACAUGAACCCAUCGGAGUGUGUGGACAGAUCAUCCCUUGGAACUUCCCCCUGCUGAUGUUUGCAUGGAAGAUUGCUCCAGCUCUGUGCUGUGGCAAUACAGUAGUUAUUAAACCCGCAGAACAAACACCACUCAGCGCUCUCUAUAUGGGAGCCCUCAUCAAGGAGGCUGGCUUUCCACCAGGAGUUGUCAAUAUUUUGCCAGGAUUUGGUCCAAUUGUUGGUGCAGCUAUAGCAUCUCAUGUUGGCAUUGAUAAAAUUGCAUUUACUGGAUCUACUGAGGUUGGGAAGCUGAUCCAAGAAGCAGCUGGAAGGAGUAAUUUGAAGAGAGUUACACUGGAGCUGGGUGGGAAAAGCCCAAACAUUAUUUUUGCAGAUGCGGAUUUGGACUAUGCUGUGGAACAAGCUCACCAAGGAGUCUUCUUCAAUCAAGGUCAAUGCUGCACUGCAGGCUCACGGAUAUAUGUGGAAGAAUCAAUCUAUGAAGAGUUUGUAAGAAAAAGUGUAGAACGUGCAAAGAGGAGAGUAGUGGGGAGUCCUUUUGACCCAACUACAGAACAAGGUCCACAGAUUGAUAAAAAACAAUACAACAAGAUCUUGGAACUGAUUCAAAGUGGCAUUACUGAAGGAGCAAAACUUGAAUGUGGGGGUAAAGGGCUAGGAAGAAAGGGCUUCUUCAUUGAACCUACGGUGUUUUCCAAUGUAACAGAUGACAUGCGGAUUGCCAAGGAGGAGAUUUUUGGGCCUGUUCAAGAAAUACUGAGAUUUAAAACCAUGGAUGAAGUUAUAGAGAGAGCCAACAAUUCUGACUUUGGGCUGGUAGCUGCUGUCUUUACAAAUGACAUAAACAAAGCCCUGACAGUCUCUUCAGCAAUGCAGGCUGGGACAGUCUGGAUAAACUGCUACAAUGCCUUAAAUGCCCAAAGUCCUUUUGGAGGAUUCAAAAUGUCUGGCAAUGGGAGAGAGAUGGGUGAAAGUGGAUUGAGAGAAUAUUCUGAAGUUAAAACUGUGACAAUAAAGAUCCCUCAGAAGAAUUCCUAAAAUGAUGGAAGACCAUGUUGUGCAGAAGAGCACAUGAUGCCACCCUCUCUAUUCUUUAUGGAGACCAGCACUCAGGAAUAAAAAUCGUUACACAAAAUGUAUUUAAGAAAUUAAGUUGCAGCAUAUAUACUGGGCACAUAAUUGCAUAAGGAAUGCAAACCAACUCUGCAUGCUUUCAUGAAACUCUCUUGAGAGUUACAUCUUUAUAAAACUUACAAGAUAAAGUUGCUAUUGGACAUCAUUUAAUAACAGUUCUAGCUAUAAAACUGUUAAAUGCAAAUGCAUGCAUACACACAUUUAUCUCUUCUUUAAAUAAACAAAAUAAGUCUUACUGCUUUCAAGUUGCCUUCUCAAACAGACCUGCCUUCUUCUGACAUUCUUGUUUCAUACAGGGCUUUACAAGCCAGAUUUACCCAAAAUGCUAGGAGCAAAAAACAUAAUAAAAAACAACAUAAUAAAGUACCAUUCAUGUUUUGAAAAAAAUGUAAGACUGUGAACUGUACCAGCCCAAAAUUGGUAUAUUGGCAACUUUCCAAUUAGCA